CUCCCUCGAACUGUACAAGGUCAGUCCGUCAAAAGACAAUAAUGUAUUGGAUGUACAGAUGGAGUUUUUCCAGGACUGGGAGGAACCUGAAUAGUUAGACUGCAGUAAACCAGGACCAUCGAGUAAUUCUGCACGCAUGUCGAUCUCCGAGCAGAUCGAAGGUACUGGGAAGCAAGAGAUGGCUGCUGGUCGUAACACCAGUAAUAAAGUUAAGCGAACAUAUUUGGCUAAGCGAGUGGGAAAGGAAAACACAAUGGGAAAUGAUGUUUUAGACGGGAUCCUAUCUCAGGAUGAAUGUGGUGAAAACCGUGACACACCAACUGCGGAAAUUAAUGAGUGCACAUGUGGACAACAAUCGGCUAUCGAGCAGUUGCAGAGUGAUAAUUCCGCGAUGAAAAAACAAAUUCAGCGACUCAAGCAAGCGUUGCGCGAGGCAACAAACAGAUGUUUUAAAUUAACGGAUACAUUGAACUCUAAGGUGUUUGGGGACCCUCAUAAAGAGAUUUUUACUGAGGUAGAAGGAUACCCGAGUCGCGAGCAACUCAUUGCCUUCUCUGAUCAAGGAAUUAAAAGCGAUUACACAUUUGUUCGGCUAUUGAUGGAAGAAUUGUGGCCAAACGGCUACGUGAACCGAUCGGUAAGUGGAAGAUCUUCUAACAAUCCACUUGGAAGACCACGACGUGUGGCGGUAAAUAAUCCUUCGGUCGAACUACCAACUAACACUGUAAAACGUGUUCCACUGGAACCGGAAAAAGUGAAAUAUAUACGAGAUCGUUUGUUGGAACACCGCAUUUAUCGGGGAGACUCACCGGCUGCAGCAAAUAUUUGGGCCGACGAAUCUUCAAGCAUCAUGAGACGAAUCCUGGCAUAUUAUGGAAAGAAAUGAAAUGACUCAAACCAAACGUAAAAUACUGGAGAUUAGAACGUUAAAGAAACAGCAGUUGAACUACAUAUGUUUUGUAUAUCGCAAA